AGUAACAGCUGAGCACAGAGAUCAAAACAAUCGAGAAAAGAAGCGUAUCGUUUUCUACCAACGAUUUGCGUAAUUAUUUCCUCGUAAAAUCGUCAGAAAUAAUUCAAGGAAAACGGAUGUUCAUCGUUGAACAAUGGAUAUUAGAGACAGCAGUGAUGAGGAAGAGAUACGUAAUAUUUCCUCCUUUACGAAAUUUGACGAGAGUAUCGAUGUACAAAACGCGGAAGAGAUACAGAGCCCAGUGAUUCGUAGACCUUCUAGUUCGAGAAGAUCCAGGCAAUAUCCGAUUAACGAGGCUCGAAGUUCUAUAGAGAUAAAUUCACCUCGUGAAAAAUAUAAUUUUCGAAGAUAUUCUGAUAAUGAUAAUAACUUUGGGAAGGCCAUGGGAAUUCACAGUGAUCCAUCAGACAGCGAGGAGAGUGAUGAUGACGAUAUCCAAGGAACGAUAAACGCUCAACAGAUUGAACUUUACAAUCCUAAGGAUUUCGAGGAUUUAAAAGUCUCUACAGAGGUGAAAGAAUUAUUUCAAAACAUAAUGAGAUACACUCCACAAAAGAUAGAGCUGAAUUACAAGCUCAUACCAUUUAUUCCCGAUUAUAUACCAGCCGUGGGUGAUAUAGACGCCUUCAUAAAAAUUCCACGACCAGACGGUAUAGAGGAUAAAAUUGGUUUAAUAGUUCUGGACGAGCCCUGUACCAAUCAAUCCGAUCCAGCUGUUCUUCAUCUUCAACUGCGUAGCCAUUUACGAAGCGCCGGUGUGGCAAGGCAAACAGUGAUUAAAAGAAUCGAAGAUGCCGAGAAAAACGGGAAGUCGAUCGAGAAGUGGAUAGAGGAUAUAGAUCAGCUUCACAGAAGCAAACAUCCGCCUGCCGUUCAUUUAACCAAACCUAUGCCAGAGAUCGACUCGUUACUUCAACAAUGGCCACCGGAAGUCGAAGAGAAGCUUAACGAAGCCGAAUUGGACUUUACAGAGUUGGAUUGCGAAUUACCAGAACUCGUUGAUAUUGUUUGCAAUCUUCUAGAUAUCCCAUCCGAGGAAGAUUCGAGAUUAGAGUCGUUGCACACACUUUUCAUGCUUUAUUUGGAUGUUCGAAAUGCUAGAGCUCAAAAAUAUUAAUUAAAAAUAAAAAUCAUUUUGAUCCAAAAAAAAGAAUAUCAGAAGAAAUAUUAAAAAAUAUUGAAGAAAUAUUAACAACAAGACUACUAUUUUUAGAAAUGAAUAUAUGAGAAUGUUUAUUGAAGAUAAAUGAUCUUGCAUGCACAUUCUCUUUUCCAAAAAGAAAGACUACAAUUAAUUACACUUUCUUAUUCUUAUAGAAGUAAGAAAUAAUAAUUAUUCUAAAUAGAUUGUUUAAUAGCGAUUUAAUCGUUAUUUUGAUUUUACAAAAUAAUAUAAUAAUUAUGUUAGAAGUGAAGGAUAUAAUGAAUAUAAAAGAUGAAUUUAUUUUUUUAUA